GGACGAUGGUACAUAUGAAUGUCAAGUUUUGACAACCCCGACGCAUCAAGUGUCAGUGGAGAAUCUUCCGGACGUCAAGGGUUAUGCUACCUCAGAUGUAUUCAUCAAGCACCCGACCAUGGAGGGUCUGUGGAAGAUCGUAGGAAGGAUUGACGACGUUUUGAUACUCUCGUCCGGGGAGAAGACAGUACCAGCUCCCAUGGAAAGCAUCGUCUGCGCCAACCCCUCCGUCAGCGGCGCCGUCAUGUUUGGCCGUGGACGCAAUCAACUUGGGAUCCUCAUAGAGCCACGAGCAGGGUGUGAAAUUGACGUUAAUGACGAAAAACAAAUUGCCAAGUUCAGGAACCGAGUGUGGCCGGACAUUGAGGAAGCGAAUAAGGAGGCUCCUGCCUUCAGCAGGAUCUUCAAGGAAAUGAUUCUUGUGACACACAGUGAGAAGCCCAUGCUUCGAGCUGCAAAAGGGACCGUCAUCAAGAAAGCAACCGUCAAGCUGUAUGAGGAGGAGAUCAAUGCCCUAUAUGAAAAGGUCGAGGGCAGCACUAGAAUAGGUAUCGACAUACCUUUGCCUACAAGCUGGACUGCGGAAGACAUCGAGGGAUGGCUCAAGGUCCACGCUGCUGCUGUGAACGCCAACAAGGAAGUUGAUCCUGAUGCGGACCUUUUUACUCAGGGCUUUGACAGUCUCUCUGCGACAUUUCUCAAAAACCGCAUUAUCGGCUCUCUCCGCUCGUCUUCAGAUCGCGACCUUCAGGCAUCAGCAUCGCGGAUUGACCAGAACAUCGUGUUUUCAAGUCCUUCGAUUCGGCAGCUCUCGAGAAGCGUCAUUAAUGCAGUAUUGCAGCGAAAUGGUAUGACUACCGUCGACAUCAAGGCUGAUAUCGAGAACAUGAUCGAGAGGUAUUCAGUCGGAUUAGGGAACUCUGUCACAAAGCCCAACACCACUCUAGUCAAUGGGUGCAGCCACAGCGAUCAUGUGGUCGCCCUGACCGGGUCUACGGGUGGUCUUGGCUCAUACCUGCUUGCAGAUCUACUCCAGCGUGAGGACGUGUCUGUGGUAUAUGCCUUCAAUCGCCCGUCAAAGGGGACAUCCAUACAACAACGACAGGAAAACUCGUUCAAAGAUCGUGGUUUAGAUUCUACCGUGCUUCAAUCCGACAAACUAGAGUAUAUAGAAACUGAUACAUCUGACAACCACCUAGGUCUGGAUAAGGAGUUAUAUCAGAAGAUCUGCACGUCUGUCACUAUCAUCGUUCACAACGCUUGGCGACUCGACUUCAACCUGGCGCUCUCGUCAUUCGACACUCAUGUGCGGGGAAUGCGGAAUCUCAUAGACUUGGCACUAUCUUCUCCGCAUCAUCCAAAGCCGUGUUUCAUGUUCGCAUCUUCCAUCUCUUCUGCUCAAAGUUGGGAUAAAGCGAAAGGACCAUUCCCUGAAGAAGUGGAAUACGACGCAGGGGUCGCAGUAGGUCUUGGCUACGGCGCGAGCAAAUAUGUUUCGGAAAGGGUUCUCGUCAACAGCAAGUUACCGGCAUCAUCAUUCAGAAUUGGGCAAGUAUCGGGAGGACCCCCGCGAGGAGCUUGGACCACGACAAACUGGCUACCGAUCAUCGUCAAAUCAAGUAUCAGUCUAGGCGCGCUUCCCGAAGCUAAAGGAUUUGUAUCUUGGAUCCCUCCCCACGCCGUAUCAAAUGCUAUCCUGGAUGUAGCUUUCUCGGAAGAAGAACCUCCCAUCGCAGUGAAUCUGGUGCAUCCGAGACCGACCGCAUGGAAGAUGUUGAUGCAGCCCAUUGUGGACGCCCUGGUUGAGCGUAAAGCAACAAGUUACCCGCUACCUCUUGUGCCAUUCUCAAAGUGGCUUGAAAAGCUCGAAUUGAGCACCAAAGACUUGAGCGAAGAGACCAUGGAACGCAUC